GUGACAUUUACAGUCCUAUUACUCUGCCUAUUACCUAUAAUAUGGGGAACGGACCAACGGUAUACGUUAUUCACUCAGGAAAUUCUUAUGCCUUCAGAUUUGUUUACAUUUUGAACGCAGUACAUAUUUUGGAAAAAAUUACCAUUGUCUCGUUAAAAAAUCAAAUUAAAACAAAUAUAGCAGCUAAUAUUUUUUUUGUAUUAUCCUUUUUUCCAUAGGGUUGCUAGGAAUCCUACUAAUAAAUUAUUCCUUAGGGAACACUGGGAAAGUUGUUAUUGAUUUUUAUUCGAACCAUACUUACGUUCGUACAUAUUACGGGUUGUUUUGACGAAAAAACUGUUUCAUGGUGGUGAUUUAUAAAGAAUUCCAUAAUGACUGAUACAUACGCACACGGCGAUAGCAGACUGAUAUACACCGAGACGAACCUGCCUGGACCCUCUGAAGACAAUGACGAGUAUAAAGAAUUAAUGAAAACUUUUAACUCCAGGCUAACUGAUUAUUGUACUUGUGUCGGUCUCUGCACUUAUCCAACAUGUAAAUGCUUGGAGAAAUCGGAUGGCCCUAAUUACCACAUGUAUAUGGACCAUGGAGAACCAAAGUUACUUCUUAAUUCCAAUAAGAAUAUAAAUCUGGUUAUUGAGUGCAAUAAUGAAUGCUAUUGCUUGACCACUAAUUGUGGAAAUCGUCUUGUCCAAAUAGGCCCAGUGAAUGGUUUAGUGGUGAAAACAUGUGAGAUUGAUUUAAAAGGAUUGGGUCUUUUCACAUCAUUUUAUAUCCGCAAAGGCACUUUCAUAUGUGAAUAUGCAGGGGAAUUGCUAACCAAAUCCCAAGCUGUCACUCGUAACAAAAUUAACCAGUUAAAGGGAGGAAUGAAUUAUGUUUUCUGUCUAAAUGAGCAUUGCAAUGGCACAGUUGUACAAACAUUUGUUGAUCCAGGCCAUUUUGGUAACAUUGGACGGUAUAUAAACCACAGCUGUGAACCGAAUUGUCAUAUAGUACCUGUAAGACAUGAUUCCCCUAUACCAAAACUGGCUAUUUUUGCACGCUGUGAUAUAGAACCUGAUAAAGAAAUAACAUUUAAUUAUGGCUCAUAUAAAGAUGACAACGUAGAACCAACAGAGUCUAAUGUUAACAGAAAAAAAUGUUUAUGUAGAAGCAAAAAUUGUGCUGGUUACAUGCCAUAUGAUACAUAUUAAGAAACUUUAAAGUAAAUAAUGACCUUAUAUGAAUAUUUAGAUUUGAUUUUAUGAAAUAAAUUAUUAUAAAUAUUGUGUUUAUUGGA